AUGUCCCCGGAGCAGCUCGACCCCUUGAAGCACAAGUUCGAUGAGGAUGAGAUCAACUCAGUGCCCGACUGGGUUGACUGGGAACAGAUACAGCGUGGCCAAGACGUGUUCUAUCGCUAUGCUCCCGCUGCUGUAGCCGGCUUCGCUUUCCAGGGACUUCUUGCGACCACCGGAGCCUCUUAUCGACCGGCCGAGACAUUGGUGCGCACUGGAGGCCACUCGGCGAAGGUUGCCAAAAACCGUCUUUUCGAGACCUUCCAGCUCAUUCUCCAAGUUACAAAAUCAAUCGACGACGUGAAGCCUGGAGGUGACGGCUUCGCGUCGGCUGUCCGUGUCCGUCUGUUACACGCGUCGGUUCGGAACCGCAUUCUCAAGCUCAACGAACAGCGGCCGGGCUACUUCGACGUCGACAAAUUUGGUGUACCGAUCAAUGAGCUCGACUCCAUGCAAUCUGUCUGCGCCUUCUCGACAAAUCUCAUCUGGCUUGCUUUGCCCCGUCAAGGCAUCUAUGUGCGACAGCAGGAAGCACUUGACUACAUGGCACUAUGGAGAUGGGUUGGGUACGUCCUCGGCACCCCUCAUUGGGUCUUGGAGACGCCAGAGAGAGCUCUUGCGUCUAUGGAGUCGCUCCUGAAUGCCUGCCUUGCUCCGAGCAAGAACUCCAGGGUAUUGGCCAACAAUCUUGUUGUUGCACUGGAUGGAGUCGCUCCAAUCCACGAGCCCAAAGAGUUCUUCGAGGCGGGGACUCGGUUCAUCAAUGGCGACCAAAUGUGUGACGAGAUUGGACUAGGCAAACCAGGACUGUACUGGGAUGCAGUUGUUAGAGGUCAGUGCUGGGCUUUGAUGGUGAUCACGUAUCUAUCACGAUCGAUUCCAGCUUGGGACAGGUGGCAAGUCAAGACAUUCCGUAACCUGUUUUGGGAUUAUAUUGUCGAAAACAAAGACAGCUUGAACGGAGUGUACAAGUACGAGUUCAAGUACGUCCCGCACCACGAUGCCCAGACAGGUGCCGAAACCCGAGAUAGUCCGAGGGCAAAAAUGGGCAUCGCUCCUUUGGAGAUUUUUGGGCUUUUUGGAUUCUCUGUGGCCAUGAUACUGCUGACGCUGCUGUUGACUCUUGCCGCUAAGACGGCUAUUUACUAUGUCCCCAGCAAUCCGGGGGUUGUUUUCACAGCUGGGAACUUUUCCAAGCAUUGA